AUGCAGGUGCAACCGGGUCCCGAGGCAGCCGUUUUCGUCUUCCUGCAACAGUUCUUCAAUCAACUCUACCCAUCCCAUGAUUACAACAAGUCCCGAGGAGGCAGCCUGGUCUGGCUGAUCAUAACCCAGGACCCUCCUAUUGACGCCCAACCUCAGCCUUCAAUCGAGAUAUUCAUUCCAGAAACGUAUCUCGGUGCCGUUUCGUAUCGAGCUUGUUCGACGGCUUCCCCCCCCGUUGGCACCCCUCCCCCCCCGCACUCACUGUCUUCCCCGUCGACACCGCUCUACGGUCCUCCACACGCUUGCGAUUUCGAGCGAGUGCUGAGGUGGCAUUUUCUGCUUUCCUGUAACGGCGUCAUCCCUUGCACAAGUGAGCAGAGGGCAAAGCUCUACCAAGGCUGA